AUCUAUAGGGAACUCAAGUGUGCUAGGCUCGAGAAAGACUUCGAGCAGGCGUUUGGGAAACAACAAGAGGAGUGGACUUUCGCUGGUUUGGUGGGUCGUUUGUUUUGCUUUGUACUAAUUGCGGAAUUAACACUUGUUCUCGUAAACACAGCCGUCUUCGCCAUCACCCCCGAUUCCAAAUUCACUGUGCCCUCCUCCGCCCGACUAACCGUAGCUGCCUCCGCCACGACCUCAGGCCUCGGACUCGUCUGCGACAUAUGGUUUAUCAGCCGAUAUCGGUUCGGCCCUACCUCGACGCUCACUCAAAGGUCCCUCGAUUUAUUCAGGACCCAUUUCUUCUUUGCGUUCUCCGCAAGGAUACCGAUGAUUUGCCUGCUGGUGUCUUCGGUGUGGUUGUUGGUGUUUUUGGGGAUUAUGGCGUGUGUGGUGAGUGUGGAUGUUGUGCUGGUGGUCGGGCUGAUUGUCGGGCUGGGGAUGACGGCGGAGGUGUGGGUAUUGGUGGGGUAUUGGUGUGCGAGGAGGGUGAGGAGGGUGUUUGGGGGAGAUGGGUGA